AUGAAUGAGCAGCCAUCGUUGCGAAAAAUUCGAGUGUUGGAUGGAUCGUUCAGCUCUGAGCUAACAAAUGUCGUGAAUGAUUUCUUUGAAAAGAAAGCGGUGAACAUUUUGAAAGAAGUCGUUGGCAGCUCUUGUCCUGCCAGAAACGUGCGCAUGUGGGGCUCUAUAGGAUCGUAUGCGAUUUGUUUCCGAGGGCAAGCAGCUGAGUAUACAGGAGCCUUUGUAGACGUUCCUCCACCGACCGACAUUGUGAAGGAAAUGACAGUCUAUCAUCAAAAGCAGAUCAAAGCCAUGAAAGAUGCUGGAAUGUUCCAUUUGCUUUUUGAAACAAUAAGCUCGCUGAAGGAAGCACAGGCCAUAUGUGAUGCUUUAGAAAAUCACAGUGAUGUGAAGGCUGUUAUAUCGUUCACCUGCCGUAAAGACGGCUUGUCACUUCGACAUGGAGAAUCGUUUGAGUCAGCCGUGAAAUACAUACUGGGCAAUCCGAAGGUGAGCUCGCAUUCCGACAGAGUAGGGACGUUCCUAAACUGCGACAACGCUCCGUGCGUUUCUGUCCCGAAAGUGGUGCUGGCUCCCUUUUGA